AAUAUGGUAUGAGCCAAGUCCUGCAUAUAAUCACCGCUUCACUAUUCGCACUCAGCAGCAGACAGACACCAACAGACACUGCCAAGCCAAAUGCUCACAAGAAUAUUGUCGUGGUUGGUUUCAGUUUCCUUAUAAUCAAACAAAGAAGCUGCACCAUCAUGUCAACGCGGUGGUAUCCGCUGUAUCAACGAGGGAACCCCCAAUUAAGAGUUUUCCUACCUAACUUUUGGAUGAAAGUUGUCAAGCCGAAAGAAGAAAUACCACCAAACAUGGUUCACUUCCAUGUUUCUCCUGAAAUGACAGAAUAUGAUGUUCGCAACUAUCUGACUAAAAUUUAUAAGCUGCCAGUCGUAGCAGUUAGAGUAGAGAUGAAAAACGGAAAUGUGGUUAAGACAAUCAAAGGCAAUUUGAUAAAAGAGGAUGACUUUAAAGAGGCACAUGUAACAAUGGAAAAGAGCUUCAAAUUUACCUUUCCUGAUAUUGACCCAAGGCCUGGAUACGAAGUUUAUACGAAAAGUGCAGAGGAUACCAAGAAAGCUCAAGAAGCAUUACAAAAGAAGUUUAGAUAUCGUCCUGGGCUGCCAACAUGGUUUACUCAAUGAUACAGUUCAAAUAGUUUUUAAUACUUGUUUUGUAAAUAAUAAACAUACAGUUAGCUCAGUAA